GAAAUUUAUUUACGCAGUGGGAAAUAGUGCAAGGUUUCAUGUUUCACUAUCCAAACUUGGGUAGAGCGCUGCCGCUGGUAAACGUUAGGAUUUUGCUAAAAGAAGCGUUCCAUAACUUCCAUUAUUACGCGGCCUUCUCUCACAUCAAACAGUGAAAUAAAAAAUGGCAACUGAAUCAAAGAAGAAUAACAAUGCUUCUAUUCCGACAAGAUUCAAAAUCGCAAUCUGUAUUCUGGUGCUAAUUAUUGUAGGUCUUAUUGUUGCUCUUAUUGCAGUUUCUGUUAAACAAUCUGACGACGAUCAAGACGACACGAAGACUUGCUCACAAAGCUCGACUAUAAAACCAAAGUUCACAAAAUCUCAGGAUCUGUUUCGAGAUUUAACUGAAGAUGAGCUUCUUGAAGUGCGCGACUACAUCGUGAACAAUGCCUCACUGAAUGUCACUCCUUUCGAGAAAGCCACAGUUGACUCGAACUACAUUUUCUUGAUUGAACUACAGAAUCCUAUCAAAGACGAAGCCGUUGCAUAUCUUGACGGCAACGGACUAAAACCAACAAGAGCGGCAAAUGUUAUAAUAUUCAAAGGAGCGGAAUUUCCUCCUGUGAUUCAAGAGGUUUUGGUAUAUUUUGCUGAACCAAUGAGACAUGAAAUAAACCGGUUACUGACAAAUGAUGACAUUCCGUUUCAUACCCGACCUCCAAACAGCUACGAAUAUGCAAAGAUAGACGAAAUUGUCACUAAUUUUGGAGAAAAAACUCACGAUAUUUUGAAAGAAAGUUACGAUGGUUAUAGCAUAGUCAACUGCACGGAUCGUUGUUUGAGUUUCAGUGAUAGUGGGCCAACGUCUAUCUAUAGUUCAAAUGAACAUGAAGCAUUUAUUUGGUUUGUGCGAGGCGUGAAAGGACAAUAUGUACACCCAGUAGGGCUGGAAAUCUUGAUACAACGUAAGGGAACGGAUGUUAGCAAAUGGCGAAUUGAAAAGGUCUACUACAAUGAACGAGUCUUCGAUUCAGUUGAUGAAUUCGUCAAGUUAUAUAAACUUGGAAACGUCACAAAAGUUAAACUUCCUGCUCCUAAAGGAAAAGAUCUUACAUUUUCCACUCUGAACAGACGAGGAACAAAUCUUCAACCUUCUCUACCAUUACGUGAACCUGAACAAUUUGAACCUGAUGGUAAACGUUACACAGCAGAAAACAAUCAUAUCGAAUACAUGGGAUGGAGUUUUGAUUUUCGUGUUCGUACAACAUCAGGUCUACAAUUGUUUGAUAUCAGAUUUAAUGGAGAAAGAAUCGUGUACGAAUUAAGCUUACAAGAACCUGCAUCAUUUUACAGUGGUUAUUCGCCAAUGCAAUCCUACAGCAAUUAUCUUGACACUGCCUGGGCACUUGGAGCUAAUUUUGAGCUUGUGAAAGGUGUUGACUGUCCCAAAUCUGCUAGAUACUUCGAUGUUGUAAAUUUUGUCGACUCGUCAAAACCAGGAAAACGUCGUAAUGCUGUUUGCGUCUUUGAACACAAUCUAGGAAUUCCGCUUCGCCGCCAUUUUGAGAACGACUUUGAAGGUAGUUAUACUUUUUAUGGAGGAAUGCAAGGUACAGGACUUGUUUUAAGAACAAUAUCCACACCAUAUAACUACGACUAUAUAUAUGAUUUCAUAUUUUACCCCAACGGAGUCAUUGAAUCGAAAGUUUCCACAACGGGCUACUUACAAGCAACAUUUUGGACCCCUGAAGAAGACGAAUAUGGUAAUCAAGUGUAUAAAAAUGUCGCUGGCUCACUGCAUGAUCAUAUGAUCCAUUACAAAGUUGAUCUAGAUAUUGCAGGAAGAAAUAACAGAUAUGAAACAAUAACAACAAAAAUCGAGAACAUUUCUUCAUCGUGGUUUCCAAACAAACGUCAUGUCCAGAAAAGAAUAAUACGUGAUCUAAAGAAAACUGAAGUCGACGCUGCUUAUAAAUUUGAUUUUCAACAUCCAUCUUAUCUGAAUUUCUUUAACUCAGCAAAGAAGAACACUCAUGGUGUUCGACGAGGAUAUCGGGUUCAACUCAAUGGAAUACUUCAUCAAUUGUAUCCAGAAAACUGGCAAUUUACAAAUGGUUUCAGUUGGUCACAUUAUCAACUUGCAGUAACAAAAUACAAGAAAAACGAAGACAGAAGUUCAUCUAUUUACAACCAAAAUGACGUGUACAAUCCAGUUGUAGACUUUAAAAAGUUUUUUUUGGAUAACGAGAGCAUUGUGGAUGAAGAUUUAGUCUCGUGGAUAACUGUAGCUAUCAUGCACAUCCCACAUUCUGAAGAUAUUCCCAACACAUCAACACCUGGCAACCAUGCUGGAUUUUUUCUUCGACCUUUCAAUUACUUCGAUGAAGAUCCCUCAAUAUCAUCAAGAGAUAGUGUUUUGAUCACGCCAACUGAUGAAGGUUCAAAGGUUGAUAGAUUUGGUAGACCUCAUGGUUCUCAAUGCGUUCCCCCGGAAGUACCCAUUGAUUACAACGGACGAGAAUUAUAAUCAAAGGUAGAAUCGAUACAUUACAUAUAUGUUUUAUGAUUAUAGUGAAUGGGGAAUAGACGUAGAAUAGACGAGGGAAUGAUGAUUAUACUUUGACUAAACUUGAUAUUUUAGGAAUAUAAAUAUAGGGAAAAUAUGGGAAAAUAGUAUAGACCUGGAGGACUAUGAAAUAUUAUAGUCACUUGAACAGGAUGUGGAUUUAAUCAAUAUUUACGAAUAGAUACAUGUACACACUUAGCAUCUGAUAGUAUUACUUAAUAUGGAUGCGCGGAUAUUGUUGGUCAGGCUGUAGGUGUAAAUGUUAUGAACUGACAAUAAUUGUUUCAGUAUUCCUAUAAGCAUAUUGUGUUAAAUGUUUGCUGAUUCGGUUGAGAGAUCAGUGAGUUUCAUUAUAAUUUCUAUGAUACAGGUUACAAACGAGAUCUGAGUAGUGAGAUAUUUUUGCCUGCAAAGGAAAAUAUAUUAUUAAUAAAUAUAUUAUUAUAAAAAAUAUAUUAUUAUUACAAAGUA